AUGUUGUCCGAAUCUAGUUCCUCUAUUGGUCUAAUUGUGCCUUUUCUAUCUAGAACGUCUGCUACGAGCAACGCAAGCGUGUACGAGCAGAGUUUUGCUCGCUCUGGAGACUACCUUGAGUCGUCGUACUGGUCUCGCCCUCGACUGUCAUCCACCAAGCAUCAAUUACCAUCCAGCCCAACGCUCACUCAGGAACAAGUGUGGACCGCGUUUACAGUCUUUGCUCUGCUCCGCGACGCCAAGGAUCGCAAGGUACCCCUCCGCGUUCCGCACAAGGGCGAACAACGUAAUCGCUUCAAGCUUGCAAUGAAAGAGCGCAACGAAAGGAUUAUUCGGCUCGGUCAACACGAACUGCGUCACUAUUGUGACCUUUGCAUGCGCGUGUGGCGAGAGGACUUGCCCAACGGAGAAAGGAAAUAUCGCAAAUGCCAGGUCGCUGUCAGCGACGGUAUCACCAUUGGACAUUAUGUUUGCAAGCUGUUCCGGUGCACCGAGGAGCUCGGGUCUACAGUCGACCAUUUCUGCCAAACGCACCAGAAGCACGCUGGUCUCUGCGCCGUCGAGAACUGCAAUGAACCCAUCAGCCGGACCCCUUCGACGACCCACACAUGCUCUAAACCCGCGCAUCGCGCCAUGGAAGAGUCAACACGCGCUCGGGGCAAGAGCAUGUUUGCGCUCAAGGCUCGACUCGCCCGUGUUCAGACCUCAAGGCCUGAAGGUGUGCUUGCUGAAAGCGGACCCAACGAAGACGCGUUGAAUUCGCAGCUUGUCGCAUCGCUCCCCGACAACACGGACGAAUGGUACGAACUUGACAGCGAGGGAAGGCCCGUGCAGCACGUCGACUCUAACCCCACAAAUGUCGGUGUCAACGACGAGCAGGCCGAGGACGUAAACGUAGACUGCCCUGGCAAGAAGGCAAAGCGUUUCAAAAUUCAUCUUUCUCGGCGUCGUUCCUGCUGCGAGGAGACGGUGGUUCGUCCUUGCGGUAUCAUCCUUGGGCGUGGCAUGCUCUUCGGGGCAGAAGCUGUCUCCAAUGUGUUGCUAUUUGUCAAGACGUUAUUUAGCAUUAUAGGCGCUCAAAAACCUGAACAUUGGAUUUACGACACAGCAUGCGACACCAAGCAACAGGCGAUGAAGGAUCCCUGGUGGGAUACCGUACGUAUGUCCGUCGACGUUUUUCACCUCAUCAACAAGCAUAAAACCACGCACGAAUUUUGCCAGCUCAACUGCAACCCCGCGCUCUUCCCCGAGCUUCAUAAGGACGAUAAUUCCGGAUGGUGGUUUAAUACCAGCAUCGCCGAGCAGGUCAACGUAUGGCUCGGUUCGUACCAUGCCAUGGUACGUGAGAUGACAUCAGUACGCUAUAACUUCUUCCUCGACGAAAUGAUCCGGUUGCGCAACAUUGACGUUGUCGAACGGCUUCGGGAAAAGGGCCAUCACCCAAACUAUUCCCCAUUGAACGAGUAG